AUGGCUGAUUCAUUAAUUCAUCUACGUAAUGCCUGGCAAGUUGACCAAGCAAUUCUUGCUGAAGAAGAAAAGGUUGUGAUCAUACGUUUUGGAAGAGACUAUGACCCUGAAUGUAUGCAAAUGGAUCAUCGAUUGGCAUCAAUCCAAGAACAAAUUUCAAGAAUGGCUGUUAUUUAUGUUGUUGACAUUGACCAAACUCCUGACUUUAAUGUUAUGUAUGAAUUAUAUGACCCAGUUACUGUAAUGUUUUUUUACAGGAAGAAACACAUCCAAGUAGAUUUAGGAACAGGAAAUAAUAAUAAAAUUAAUUUUGUUAUUAAUAAUAAAGAGGAUUUAAUUACUAUUAUCGAGUGUGUGUAUACAGGAGCAAGAAGGGGUCGUGGUAUUGUGUUUUCACCAAAAGACUUUUCAACAAAAUACAACUACUAA